UAACUGUAAAUUGAGAAUGUAUUGUUAAUGGUUAUUUCAGACAUGUAACAUCUAAAUACAAAAAGUUAUAUGACCUGUGAUAAACAUUCUGUGGAAUAUAUAUUCUAAACUGGCAAUGCUUGCAUAUUGAACUUGACUGUAGUUUUAAAAUGAAUACUGCAAUCUUAAAAUAAGAACAAGUCACAUCUUAGCAUAUCAUAUCAAAUCAUUUAUGCAACAAACCUAAAAAUGCAUUUUAAAAUAGCUGUGUUCCCGUAAAAGAUAAUGCUUGCUAUGUUCAAAUGGUCUUUUUCGGCUGCAAUCAAUUUCAAGUGCUCGUUCUAGGUGUCGCUGCAGACCAUAUUUGAGAUCUUAACCAAAGAACCAUCUGAUCACGUGACUCGAAGGGAGGCUGCGUCUCAAGGCCAUUUUCAAAUUCCAUUGGUUUGGCUGUCAUGUGGUAGUGCAGGGGCAUCGUGAAUUACACAGGGAUUGUUUUGCUAGAUAUGUCAGCCUAUAAAGGACAUCUCUCUCUUCUUUAAAAUCCUCUUCAAAAUGUCCUUUCCCAACAGCUCUCCUGCUGCUAAUACCUUUCUAGUUGACUCUUUAAUCGGUGCUUGCAGAGGUGAUAGCUUCUAUUCCAGCAGCAGUAUGUACAUGCCGUCCAGCACAGAAAUGGGAACUUAUGGAAUGCAAACCUGUGGACUACUGCCGUCUCUUGGUAAAAGGGGAGAAUUUAACCACCAGAGCAUGGGCAUGAAUGUUCAUUCUUAUGUACCUCAGAUAGAUAACUGGGCAGAUCCGACCAGAGCGUGCAGAAUAGAACAACCCGCUACCCAACAGAUGCCCACUUGCACUUUUGCAACUAAUAUAAAAGAAGAAAUAACUUGCUGCAUGUAUUCUGACAAGAGAGCAAAGGUCAGCUCUUCUGAAAUUCCCGCCUACGCGAGCCUGAUACCCGAAUCCUGCCCUGUUGAUAAUCCCGAAAUCCCUAUCCCGGGGUAUUUUAGGCUGAGCCAGACCUACCCAUCCGGGAAAACACAGGAGUGCAGCCACGCCUCAGAAGCGGACUCAAACACAAUUCUGCAGCUAACUCGAAUUCAUUCCAAAUCUUCUCAUGCCGAAGCGGAAAAGAAAAUAACUGAAAUUCCCAGUGCCAGAGAUUCAUCCAGGACACCCCACCCUGUAGAAAGCGUAGAACCAAAGUCGAGUUCACAAGAAGAAAAGAACUGCUCUGACGAAGCCUCUGACUCCAGCCCAGGAGUACCAGACAAGGAAGCGAAAGAAUGCAAAACAGAUAUACCAACAAGCAACUGGCUAACUGCAAAGAGCGGUCGAAAGAAAAGGUGCCCCUAUACCAAACACCAAACACUGGAAUUAGAAAAGGAGUUUUUAUUCAACAUGUACUUAACUCGAGAGCGCCGUCUAGAGAUCAGCCAGAGUGUGAACCUCACCGACAGACAGGUCAAGAUUUGGUUUCAAAACCGCAGAAUGAAGCUGAAAAAGAUGAGCAGGGAGAACCGAAUCCGGGAACUAACCGCGAAUUUGACCUUCUCGUGAGCACACACUCAGCCAUGUUGGGUUUUUGGGGUGUUUUUUUUACACAUUGGAUACUGUGACUUUCAUUUGUCACUUGGCUCUUUUGUCAUUUGUCUAUUUGAAGUUUGUUUUGAAUUUAAAAGUGACGUGUACAAUUAUUUAAAUAUGUUUUAAUACAGGGUAUGGACUGGUUUUGUCUCUUAAAUUAUUGCAAUGUUAUAGACACCCAUACUGAGGAGUAUUUGUUUUGUGUUAUUUACCUCAAUAUUGCAGCGGUAAUGAUCAGCUGUAUACUGUUCACAAAACUGUACAUUUUAUAAUCAUUUUAAUGUUGCAAAACAUGAAUUAAAGCACAUGUUUAAUGUAUAUAUAAAGUCACAAUUGAAUGUGUAACUCAUAUAAAGGUACCACUUUGUUUAGAAUAGAAAGAUCACUUCAUUAGGUGUUAGUUCUUAAGCAGAUUUAGAAAUAUCUCAUUAUAGUAUAUGUGAUAAGUAUUAUGAAUGUGACUCUGAUGCAUGUUUUGUGGCAUGGA